UCUUGAGAGGCGGUGGCGGCGGUGGCGGCGGCAGCGGGGUCGGUGGCAGUGGCAGUUGUAAGGGGGUUCCAGGAAGAUGGUGGUGAUCAAAGAAUUCCGUGUGGUCUUGCCAUGUUCUGUUCAGGAGUAUCAGGUUGGACAGCUUUACUCAGUCGCAGAGGCUAGUAAGAAUGAGACUGGUGGUGGUGAAGGAAUUGAAGUCUUAAAGAAUGAGCCUUAUGAGAAGGAUGGAGAAAAGGGACAGUUUACACACAAAAUUUAUCACUUAAAGAGCAAAGUUCCGACAUUCGUGAGGAUGAUUGCUCCCGAAGGCUCGUUGGUAUUUCAUGAGAAAGCCUGGAAUUCAUAUCCCUACUGUAGAACAAUUGUAACGAAUGAAUAUAUGAAAGAUGACUUCUUCAUUAAAAUCGAAACGUGGCACAAACCAGACUUGGGAACAUUAGAAAAUGUUCAUGAUUUGGAUCCAAACACAUGGAAAACUGUUGAAGUUGUCCACAUAGAUAUUGCAGAUAGAAGUCAAGUUGAACCUGGAGACUACAAAGCUAAUGAAGACCCAGCCUUAUUCCAGUCAGUCAAGACCAAGAGAGGCCCUUUGGGACCCAACUGGAAGAAGGAGCUGGCCAACAACCCUGACUGUCCGCAAAUGUGUGCUUAUAAGCUGGUGACCAUCAAAUUCAAGUGGUGGGGACUGCAGAGCAAAGUAGAAAACUUCAUCCAGAAGCAAGAGAAAAGGAUAUUUACAAACUUCCAUCGCCAGCUUUUUUGUUGGAUUGACAAGUGGAUUGAUUUGACAAUGGAAGAUAUUAGGAGAAUGGAAGAUGAGACUCAGAAAGAACUAGAAACAAUGCGUAAGAAGGGUUCCGUCCGAGGCACUUCGGCUGCUGAUGCCUAGAUGAGUCCCCUGUAGGGUCAGAGAAAAUAUCAAACUGUUUACGUAAUCAAGGUCAAGUGAGGGGAACAAGUGCAGCCAAUGACGAGUGAAGAAGAAUCUGACCAGGAUCUUGCAGUGUUGAUGUUUCCGACGUGUGCUUAUAAUGACAUACACACGUGCACAGGUUCCCAGGCGCGUGCGUGUGUGUGUGCGUGCGUGCGUGUGUGCGUGUGUGUACGUGUGUGUGUUUGUAGCUGUAUAUAGAAAGCAUGUAGAGCUACAGAUCCAGAUACACACGUGUGUAUAUAUGUACAUACAGACUUACUGAGGGAUUAGUACAAUUUCUCCAAAGUACUGUACCUAUCUUGAGCAAGAAUGCAAAAGAAAAUAUUUUCAAUAUAUAUACCUGGAACAGAUUUUAAUAAUUAUCAGAGUAAUACCAUUAAUGGACAGAUUGCAAUGUGAUACUAGCUGGUAUGUUUCAUAAAUGUCUUGUGGAUAUAUAUAUAUAUAUAUAUAUAUAUAUAUAUAGAAACAUUUUGUUAUUCCUCUGUUCUUUUAAAUCAGUCUCUUACAAAUUUUUGUUUUAGUCCCAUAAACAACAAACUCCCACAGAAAGAUUUCUUCAAAAUUUUUUGGUAUUCCAAUGAAUCUGGAAUGUAAACUCUGAAUGUAUUUAUAGCUAUUUAUUUCUGGAUGGUCAUUAUCGUCCAGCCAAAUUUGACAAUAUCAGUUAAGAGCAAAGUU